AAUUGCCAAACCGGUGAACUUAUGCAUAAGUUAAAGUCUCGUCAUUACCUAUAUCACAUCUGCGCUCACUAAAGACCAUCUGCAGAAGAGUUCAGCCUCAGCCUGCCGAAAGUCUGUACCACUUGGCUCAUAUGCAUGAGAGCCAAGGUUUUGCAUGUGUUACCAAUCUUGUAGGAUGUUGACAUCAUCUGCCUUGCGAUUUCACUUUCAGUCGAUGACGACAGGUGGUGGAAGGAAUGUGCAGUAUUCACCCAUCAGGUGCGAAGAACUUGCCAACUUUUCAGGUGCCACCUGGACAGCUUUCAGUGCUAUCCCUAUAUAAUGACAGGCUUCUGUCCAGACACGUCGGCCGGAAUUCUCAACCAAACACUCCAAACUUCCUCAAAGUUUAUGCAAUAAUUCCCCAAACCAUGCCUUUCCAGUUUCAAUGUAUCAUCCAGCGCAAGAAUGCAGAAGCAACUGAAGAUCCUGGCAGAACGGUGAAUGUCACCGAGAAUGAAGUGAACAUCACCGAGAACAAUAAAACAAUAUUCAUCAAUUACUUCAAGGCGUGGGUGACCAGCGCAUACGUGGUCCCAGGCGUUGUGAGUAUUCAUCGCUCCAAAGACGAUGGGGAAACAGGCAGCCGGAUCCCCGCCGAUGAACCAAUCGAGGAACUUGAAUUCUCGAUUACGGAAAAUGAGGUCCUGUACGUUCUCUACGACGAGGACACACGCGGUCCCAGGGGUUUUGGUCCGGGCAAGCGUACCGGCUCCUCUAAUGCAUGUGACGAUGCAAAGGCGUUCGGAGAGGGAGGGACGGGCACCGGGGGCCGAUUGGAUAGCAAGGGAAAGUCUACGGGGGGUCAUGGAAUAGGCGGUGCUCUCUACAGCCAGACCGGAAGUGGUAAAGAGGGCAUAGGCUCUGGUGGCACGGUGGCUAGCAAGGACGGGAAGGUUGGGUCUGGAAGCGGUGGCAAAGUCGAUCUAAGGCCCGCAUCCUGACUGAAGGCUACCUAGGUAACAAUGCACGUCCAAGUUCGUUGGCUUCACUCAUAGGCAUCGCGAAACUCUUCGAGCCCCUUUGUGAUAGUCACAAAGAUGCAUGAUUAUUGGGUUUCUCUACACCUGACUAGGACUUCUUCUAUGGAAAAUGUAAAUAUAUUGAAGCAUAUCCUGCUUUCCCCGUCACUGGAUAUCUCUUUCAUUCGUAACUAUAAUGUAGUGGCAAGCACCCGAGUUUCUUAGCAGCCACCACAGUUCUAG